AUGCAGGCCGCAAAGCUUGAUGGAGCUUAUCAGAGGGGAUCGUCCGUCCUAGACUUGACGAGAAGCGUACAAUACAAGAACUUGUUAUGUGCCGUUCCUGAGUUUGCUGCAUACUGUCAAUAUCCUGGGUGCAUGAAACAACCGUUGGUAAAAGCACAUGUUCAGGUCAAGGUCAAUGAGAAUUGA